AUGGAGUGGACGCGCGAGCAGACACUGUAUCUUCUAAAUCUAAUAUGCUACCACAAACCGCUUGGCGAGGAGCGGGAGGCGAGCUAUACAACGAUUAUUAAGCUUUUGGGCGAGAAGUUUCCCCAAUUCAGUGUCACCAAGAGCGAUGUGACGCGGCAGCUAAACAAGUACUAUAAUUUGAAGGGACUAGAGAAAUUGGACGAGGACGAGACCGACGAGGAGGCGGGCGAGGAAGAAAAGCGCGAGGAUUCGUUGGCGUCGCGGACAAGACGGAAGUCCAAGGACGAGUCGAGGGCGAAGGAGGUGCAGGUAAAGAGCGAGGAGCCUGAGAGCGGCAAGGAGACGCCCGAGACGCCGGCUACUCGUCGACGCACGCGACGCAACAAGGCGGAGACGGCGGCAGAGCCGGAGGAGGAGGCUGAGGCGAAGGAGGGCGUGAGAACGCGGCGUCGUGUGGCGAUGGAGCCGGCCGAGGCGAGCGACGACGAAAAGGACAAGCAGAAGGAGGCCGAGCCCGAAAAGACGCCGAAAAGACGGGUUUCACGCAAGCCACGGACCGACGAGGAGAGUGAGAGCGAGGAGAAGGAGAAGGCGCCGCAGAGCGGGCGUAAGAAACGGGUGAAGCUAAAGGAGGAGGCGGCCGAGACAGAGGAGACAAUGGGUGUACAGAGCAGCAGCGACGAGGAGGAGAAAAAGGGCACGCAAACGCGUCGCAAGAGCGUGCGAGAGGAGAAGAAGCCGCGCACACGCACGACGAGACGGAACCUAAAGAAGGAGAUCGAGCAGGAGGCAGAUAACGAUGCAGAGGAGGACGAGAAGCCGGACGAAAACGAGGGGCCCGAGGUGCAGGACGACAUUGACGACGAGGAGAGUGGCGAGGACGAGGAAUUGGACGAAGAGGACGAGGAGAAGGACGAGACCGGCGGCGAGAAGGUGCCUGCGAAACGGGCUCUGCACGCGACGCCGGCGCCGCGCAAGCAGCGCAAGACGCCGGUUUCGAAGAGCGUGCCGCGCAACUUCAAACCCAAGGACACGCCAGUGAAGGCGACGCCGGGCGGGCGUGGCAGAGCCCGUGGCGGGGCGUCGUCGGUUCCUUCGACGCCGUCGGUGAGACGAUCGGCGCGGAAAAAAUAA